UCCUCAAGGUAAGAGGAAAAGCAGAGCCAGCCCUACUGAACACGGUGAAAUCCGACUCUCUCCGGCGCUGAGCAGACAGCAGAAAGAGAUUUCCUUCCAAGGCCAUCCACUCCUCCAUGGCGCUGCCCUUUUCUGCCUUCCGUUUCGUCCAGGUGAUUUGGGGGGUGCUGUUUCUGGUCACCAGAGCUGCAGAAUGGAGACAAGAGGGGACAAGCAUGGCGGAUCCCAAGGAGGCUGUCCAGAAAAUAGGACAUAUCAUCACCGCAUUGAAGUUGCUGGAGGAAGACCAAGCAAAGCGAGAAACUCAAGGUGCUGUAAAAAGCGUUAACAUCACAGGCGCUACCGAAGCUCGCGUCAUGGAAAACUUAAAUUUAUCUCUGCAUAUCCAAGGGAGUCCUCCGCUGAGUUUAUGCUGGUUAAUCAAGACGGAAUGUAUCCCACUCCACUGGGGAGACCAGUGCCACCUAGUGGUGAUAAACAGCACGCAAUACUAUCUGAACCACACCUUCAACAAUGCUGGACAAUACUGCCUUAGCAUCCGGGUGGAGAACAGGGUCAACAUCUUGCAGUCCUACCAGGAGAUUCAGAUAAGACCCUCAGGCAUCCCUCCAGUUUUCUUCAUCCUGCCCUGCGUCAUCCUUUUGCUGGCUACGCUGGGUUUAGCCAUCUACAUGAGCUUUCGAAGCCCCGUGCAGCAGAAGGAUCUGGUGGAGGUCGCCGAUUUUGACUUUUCCCCCACCUCCGCCAAGAAGCCAUCCGGCGCCCGAUGGAGCUGGGGCCAAAUUUGCUGCAAAACCUGCUGCUUCCUUGGGUCGUCUCCAGAGACUUGCCAUCCAGCCAAAGAGCACCAUCGCCUCCUUCAGCCCCUCUGCAAACCCAGACAGCCGUACGGUGCCUGAAAGACAACCCCCCCCCCAAAAAAAAUAACUUCUGGUGAGGGAGAUCCAGCGAGUUCGCUUUGCCGCUCCUAUUUGCUUCAUGAAUCAUCGGUGACUUCGCCGACGUGGGUGAAGAAGCGUUCCUUAAAUGACAGACUAUCCUGAAAGAGAAUAAGCUUCACGCCGUCACCGUCACCGUCACCCUGCCAAAAAUCUGCCUUACAGCCCUUGGAAAGAAAAAAAAAAACGAAAAACAGAGGCUUCCGUUUUUCCGUCUUCUGCUCAGGACGCUUGAAAAUGUCUUUGCCAUUUCUCGCGGGAGAAAUUUAGAACCCGUUGAACGGUGGGAGAUGCCAAUGCUGCUAUUUUUUGAUCACCGUAUUUUUCGGAGUAUAAGACGCACCUUUCUGUGUGUCUUAUAGACCGAAUACGGGAGUUUUGGCCUCCCGAACCCUCUGCGUGUCGCGUUUUCGCCCUCCCCGGCCCCCGGAACCACUCUGCAGGCCAAAAAUGGGCGUGUUUUUGGUGAAAAGGGGCAUGUUUUUGGCGAAAACGGACCAUAUGGAGCACUGCAGAGUGCUUCUGGGGGCCUGGAAGGACGAAAAAUCCGAUGUGUGGAGGCCAAAAACUAUUUUUUUUUCUUGUUUUCCUCCUGUAAAUUUAGGUGCGUCUUAUAGGCCGAAAAAUACCGUAUUCUCCUCCCCAUGCUGCAGGCUUCAAUAUCUGUACUUUCUAAACUUGAAAAGCUCCCCAGAAGCUUUUCAAAAAAACAAAGCUUUUUUGUUUGUUUGUUUGUUUGUUUGUUUUUUGCUAAUAUCUUCCCUUGGACCAUGAUCAAAUCAUGGGAAGACUCAAGAAAUUGUAAGAUAUUAGAGAUGCUAUAAUAAAAAAAAAGCAGGACAUUCCUACUCAACCUUCAGCAAAAGCCUGAUCAAUGAUGCUCCGUUAUUAAAUUUAUUUUUAAAAUGUCUCCAAAUUAUUCUCUGGGGACAGAGAAAAAAGCCUUAAGUGGUUUUUUUUUUUUUCCCUUCCUCAAAUGAAGUGCAGUGGUAGCAUUUUUGUUUUAAGU